AUGGUGUCCCAGUCAAGCCGUACGACGCCAAACGAGCUGCUGGAACCGCAGCCCUCACAGCAGCAGCCGCAUCGAAAAAAAAGCAAAAAAGCCACCAACUGGGUGGCACAGGCUCGCUCUCGUGCUACUGGGACACUAAGGCGCACGUUGUUCGGUCAAAAAUCAAAAUCUGCAAGGGCACGGGAUGCUGAGAGCAUAAUACCCGAGGAGGAUGACGACUAUACGCAGACUAACUAUGACACAGUCAAGUCGUUGCCGGCUACUGGUCACUAUGGGAAAAGCCGUGUCGGUCAUCAUCUGCAUGUAGAUGUUGAGGGCCAUCUUGGACUACCCCCAAUGCCCCCAUAUGCGCAACCUCCAGUCGUUAUUUUAAAACUGCCCAGAAGACGUCAAAAUGUUCAACCAUGCCGCAUCUCACCGAUAGCCAGAGUCACGGCAGCUUUGUUCAACUCAUUCGAUUCAAUGACCAUUGGUUCGGCUGUAGCUGACAUAAACACAGUAUUUUUUGAUUGUCAAGACGCUGUCUACUCAUUGUUUAUGAAAGCACAUCGAUGUUACGACCUCAUUCCAACAUCAACUAAACUGGUUGUUUUCGACACACAACUGCCGGUGAGAAAAGCCUUUUUCGCACUUGUAUAUAAUGGAGUUCGAGCGGCGCCACUGUGGGAUAGUGAAAAACAGCGUUUUAUCGGAAUGCUCACUAUCACGGAUUUUAUCAAGAUCCUUAUAAAGCAUUAUGAAGCCGGUGACAAGGAAGAGAAAAUGCGCGCGCUUGAGGAGGAACAGAUCAGUCAUUGGCGAGAGCAGUUUGAAGCUGAUGAAAAUGGUAUCCGACCGUUAGUGACCAUUGAUCCAAGUGAAAGCUUACAUCGAGCUGUGCAAGUGCUUUGCGAGUCCAAAGUACAUAGACUGCCUGUUAUGGACAAGCACACGGGCAAUAUUAGCUACAUUCUCACGCAUAAAAGGCUAAUCAAAUUUUUAAACCUAUAUUUACCCGAUUUGCCAAAACCAGCUUUUAUGGACUCCACGCCAAAAGAGUUGGGAAUCGGAUCGUGGGGUGACAUCGUCACGAUCCAUGUAGACACGCCGCUUCACGAUGCCUUAGAAAUAUUCCUUCGCAAUCGGGUCUCCGCUCUACCAUUAGUGGAUGAAAAUGGACGGGUUGUUGAUAUUUACGCCAAAUUCGAUGUGAUCAGUCUGGCAGCUGAAAAAUCGUACGAUAGGCUUGACUGUACGGUACAAGAAGCCCUGAAGCAUCGUUCUGAG